AUGGCUCUUGAGAAAUUCACAAAUCCAUAUACUAUCUGCAUUACCGUAUUCCUAGUUAUUAUAAUAUGGCGACUCAGCAGAUUCGGUCGUCGACCCAAGGAUUACCCCCCUGGCCCUCCUACUCUCCCCCUUAUCGGCAAUCUACAUCAGAUACCAACAGAGAAGCGCCACGAACAAUUCGAAAAAUGGGCUCGAGAGUAUGGUCCAAUAUAUUCACUUAUGCUGGGGAAUAAAGUUAUGAUCGUACUCAAUUCUGAUCAGGUGAUCAAGGACCUGGCAGAUAAGCGGGGUGCUAUCUAUUCCUCGAGACCGGAGUCUUAUAUAGGGCAAGAUAUCCUAAGCGGUGGCCUCAGAGUCUUGUUUAUGCCGAACCAUGGGGUCUGGAAAAUGGUCCGGAAGUUCGUUCAUCGUAUACUGAGCGUCGCCGCAGCGCGGACUUAUGUGCCUUAUCAAGACCUUGAAAAUAAGGCCAUGUUAAUGGGCUUUCUGGAAAGUCCAUCAGAUUUCAAUGACCAUCUUCGCCGCUAUACGACUUCGUUGACAACGCAGAUGACAUUCGGCUUUCGUACCACAACUAUUGACGAUCGAAGAUUCAAGGAAAUUUUUGAUAUAUUUGAUCGCAGCUCUGAGUUGAUCGCAUCCCGGACUGCUGCACUAUUAGAUCUCGUACCUAUCUUAAGACGCUUACCAGAUAGUAUGCUGAACAUCAAAAGUGAGGGGCGGAAGAUCCACGAAAGAGAGUUGGAGUUGUUUCGAGGAUAUUAUCUCAAUACCAAGAAAUCACUACAUGAUGGUACCGCCAAGCCAAGUGUUUGCGUCGACCUCGUCAAUAUGCAGAAGAAAGAAAGGUUUUCCGAUGACCUUGCUGCGUAUAUCGGCGGUUCAGUACUGCAAGCCGGUUCUGAAACAACUGCAGGUAUUCUGAUGGGGUUCAUUCAAGCCAUGAUCAUUUUCCCCGACGUAGCUAGAGCAGCUCAAGUCGAGCUUGACCGCGUAUGUGGUGAUCGUCUACCUGACCUCAAUGACGUCCCAAACUUGCCAUAUAUCCGGGCUUGUGCAAAGGAAACGCUACGUUGGAUGCCUGGGUUCUUCUUAGGCAUACCCCACGCCGUUACUCAAGAUGAUAUGUAUCUUGGUUUUCGCAUCCCUAAAGGUGCAACAGUUAUCCUCAAUACUUGGGCUGUGCACAAUGACCCUCAGCGGCAUGCAUUGCCUCGGGAGUUCGAACCGCUGCGUUACAUAGACGAUCAUCAGACAUCUAUGGACUCGGCAAAUAACCCGGAUGCCGCGCAACGAGACCAUUUUACUUUCGGAGCAGGUAGACGCAGGUGCCAGGGAAUGCAUAUCGCCGAUCGUUCUCUGUUUCUAGCGAUUUCUCGCUUCCUUUGGGCAUUUGACUUCCAAAGAGACAUAGAUCCCGAUACCAACCGAGAGAUUAUCCCAGAUAUGAACGACUUGACCGAGGGGUUAAUGUCUUUCCCAAGGCCGUUUCCAGCAAGAAUAGUACCUAGAGACGACCAGAAAACCCGCACAGUGAGAGAAGAAUGGGAACAGGUAUCAAAGUUACUUGAUGAACAGGGUCGGUGGAAGACCAUGCCUGAAGGGUUGAUCUGGAAGGAUGAGCAGCUUUCCGAACUAUCGGGACAGAUAUUUGAGGACUAA